CGGCCGCCUCCCUCCAGCCGGAGCCCUCGCCUGUCUAUGGAGGAGUACACGGAGGUGGCCGCCGCUGCGGCCGGGAAACUGCUCUCCUACAGCAAGGACCGGGCGGCCUGGAACCUGUGCAGGAAAACUGGUGAUGUCGCUGUCUACUGGAGGCCAUCAACCGAGUUCACCGGCAACUUGUACAAAGGAGAAGGUCUGGUGGCUGCUAAACCAGAACGUGUCUGGGAAUUCUUAAAACCAGAGGCUGGUGGCCUGAGAGUGAAGUGGGAUAAAAAUGUGCAUGAUUUUCAGCUCUUAGAAACUAUUACUGAUGACAUCACUAUUUGCCGAACAGUGACCCCAUCAGCAGCCAUGGGCAUUAUAUCUCCUCGGGAUUUUGUAGAUGUGGUAAUGAUCAAGAGAUACGAGGAUGGUUCCAUAACCUCUAAUGCAACAAAUGUUGAGCACCCAAGCUGUCCUCCCCAGCAUCCCUAUGUCAGAGGGUUUAACCAUUCUUGUGGCUGUUUCUGUGUUCCCGUUCCUGGGGAACCUGAGAAAACACAAGUUUUAAGUUUCUUCCAGACAGAUCUUAGUGGCUACCUCCCCAAAUCUGUUGUGGAAUCCUUUUUCCCAUACAGCAUGACUCAGUUUUACAACAAUCUCUCAAAGGCUGUCAAAGCAUUAAAUGUAUGACACAGAGCAUGGCCCAUUUUUAGAUGAACGUUCUACUUGGAAGAGGUCAAGAGGUUCAGCAGCAUGUAUGUUACAACCUUAGUACUGCAUACAAAUUGAUGCAAAUAGAUUUUCCAUUUACAUAGCAGAGCAACUAUUUUACCAGAUUGUCUAUUGUAAAUGAUUUUGCAAGUAAAAAUAUUCUAAUAUUCAUACAAAAACUAUAUUUUUUAUUAUUGUUUUCCAUAUUUGUGCUAAGGACACAAAUAUCAUUUACAAAGACUCAUGCAAAAUUAGCAGUAAAUGUCAUGCAAACAGUGGGGUUUAAUGGGAAUGCAGGAGAACAUACAUAUAACCCCCUCAUUUCAAUGGGGUGGGGACAAGAAGACAUGACCUGCUCUUCCCUGGUGAAUGGGACUAAAAUCAAACCAUUCGCAGGAUCUGAAAAGUCCCCUCAGUAGGAAUCACAGUUUUAUGAACGAUUCUAUUUGUUACGUUGCCUGACACUGCCCCGCUACUUUGGGCGGGCACAGGCACCGCUCUAUUUACGCAGGUCCUGUGCUUGGGCAGCGGGCCAGGGGCGCCGGUGUCCUGUGUGUCUUUUGGGAAAAUGUAUUUUAAUAUUCUUCAUGGAACCUCAGCUCAUUCGGCAGUAUUGCAAUGGUUAGUCCCUUCUUUGGUUCUGUGUGCAGCUACUAAGCGGUUUCUAAUGUAUCUAAGUCAGCUUCCGCUGUUUGUCUCAUUCUCUGCCUGAGUAAUAGGUUCUGCUAGUUCCUGCCAAGGUUCGCUGUUCCAUUUGUCAGCCCGUUUACUGACUUCUGCACGAUUCCUGGAUUCUGACCCUCUGCUGUCUGACCCAACCUGUGCCUAAUUACUGUAUUGAACCUUUGCUGCCUGCCCUGACCUUGAACUUGCUUCUUGGAUUUGUACCUAUUCUGCCUGCCCUGACCAUGGCCUGCUACUGACUACGGUUUUGCCUUACCCCUUGGGACUUCGCAUCGGUGUCUCUUGACCCCCAUUGGUCAGAAGUCAACUACUCAAAGACUACUACAAGAGGUUGUGGCCUGGUGCAUUCCCUGCAGCAAAGACCAGAUCCAUGUAAGGUUGAAAACCAAGAAGCUGCCAGGAUAAAUCCAUUGGUUGACACAUAAGUAAAAAUGUGUAAACCUGAGAAUUUUUAUGAUUUACAUUAGUGGUGGCUCAUCAAAAGUGAGCAUUAAUCACAAUAAAAGCCAAUUUGAUCAACAAAAA